UUUUUUUAUAAAUUCACACAUCCAUUCAAUGUCUUUUGUUUGCCCUGAUAAAACAUCACUUUUAAAUAUUAAUUGACUGAAAUAAGUGCCAGUUAUGAGUCAAAAUAGCACGUUAUCAAGGCAUAUUACAUAUUUACAUUUUAGUCAACAGCUUUUUUCAUAGUAGCUCAUAAAAUAAAAAGGCUUAUAUAUUUUUUUAAGCCCUUCUCCAUGCAGUUACACGAUGUAACCUGUGGAGGUCGCUGUUCUCCGCGUCUUGAAUGUUUAGGGUUUAGACUUACUCCAACGCACCCUCCGUGAGCUCGCAGUACGGAAAGGACAACGACACGUAAUGCAGGCUCCAUGAUAGAUGAAAAGAAAAAAUACCAUCGGAUUAUUACCCUGGAAUAUUUUCAUAGUCAUUUGGAUUUCAUCCGAGCUUGGCUUUGUUGCGUAAUUGCGGCGCAAACCGGGCGCAGUGACCACAUUUGGGGCUUCGACGCAGGCGCAUUGUUGAACAAUGAGCCCGCAAGUGCUGCCGUUUUUUUUCCUGCUCUGCCUCGCUCCGGUGCUCGGACAUGUCAGCUACAGCAUCCCGGAGGAGAUGACCAAAGGAUCCUUCAUCGGCAACAUAGCUCAGGAUUUGGGUCUGGAUGUUAAACGCUUACAAGGAGGGAGAGCUCGCAUUCACACGGGAGGCAGCGCCGAUUACGUCCAGCUGGACAAGAGUAAAGGCGUGCUGGUUAUCAAAGAGAGGAUGGAUCGAGAAGCUGUUUGUGGUCGGACCACGCCUUGUGUGCUGCAUUUUCAGAUCGCGUUAGAACAACCCAUUGAAAUAUUCCCUGUGACUGUGGAGAUCACGGAUAUUAACGACAACGAGCCCAUGUUUGAGAAGGAAGGGAGGGUGUUGGAGAUCAGCGAGUCUGCUGUCGUGGGCUCCAAAUUCAUGCUGGAGAAGGCGGUAGACCCUGAUAUUGGUUUGAAUGGUCUUCAGAGCUACACGCUGCAACCUAAUGAUCAUUUUGUGCUUAAAUUACACAGGCAGUCUGACAGUGGUAAGAAAGUGGAAAUGAUUUUACAGAAGCCUUUAGACAGAGAAAGAGACGAGUUUGUGACGCUUUUGUUAACCGCGCAAGAUGGAGGAGAGCCGCAGAGGUCAGGAACAAUGCAAAUUCAAAUUAAAGUGCUGGAUGCUAAUGAUAAUGCUCCUGUUUUCACACAAAAUGUUUAUAAAGCGAGCAUAAAGGAAAAUUCCCCUUCUGGUACAUUAAUUACUAAAGUGAGUGCUUCUGAUGCAGACAAAGGCUCAAAUGGUGAAGUCAGUUAUGUGAUUGAAAACAGCAUGAGCAGCAUUUCCAAAUUAUUUCAUAUUACUGAAGAUGGGGGUUUCAUUUUGAAAGGACAUAUUGAUUACGAGAAAGCCCAAAAAUAUGAGAUUGAUAUUGAGGCGGUUGAUCAAGGAGGUCUGUCUGACUCCAGCAAGGUGAUUAUUGACGUAGGCGAUAUAAAUGACAACGCUCCUGUCAUUAAAAUGAUUUCAUCAUCCACCUCAGUGGAAGAGAAUAUGCCUGCCAGCACCGUCAUAGCGGUGAUGAGUGUGAACGAUCCAGAUUCUGAAGAAAACGGCCGAGUAAGUUGUGCGAUUAAUGAAAAUAUACCAUUUAAAGUUGUAUCUUCAAGUAGUUUUUACAGUAUUGUAGUGGACGGUGAAUUAGACCGAGAGAGGUCAAGUGAGUAUAACAUCACAGUGAUGUGCUCUGAUGAGGGAGUGCCCUCCCUCUCCAGCAGCGUCACUCUCACCUUACACAUCUCAGAUGUGAACGACAACGCACCUGUCUUUGAGAGGAGCUCCUAUGAGGCCUCCAUUGUAGAAAACAACACUCCAGGUCUUUCUAUAUUCACCGUGAAAGCCAGAGACGCUGACUGGAACCAGAACGCUCGCCUCUCUUACAUGCUGGAGGACUCCUCUGUUAACGGAGUGGCGGUCUCCUCAUAUGUGUCUGUUAGUGCUGAUAGUGGAGUCAUCCAUGCAGUGCGCUCUUUUGACUACGAGCACCUGAAGGAGUUUAAUUUCCGCGUCAGAGCUCAGGAUGGAGGUUCUCCUCCUCUCAGCAGCAACGUGAGCGUCCGCGUCCUGAUCCAGGACCAGAACGACAACGCCCCCCAGGUCCUGUACCCGGUCCAGACGGGCGGCUCGGUGCUGGCUGAAAUGGUGCCUCGUUCAGCAGAUGUGGGCUAUCUGGUGACUAAAGUGGUGGCUGUGGAUGUGGACUCUGGACAGAACGCCUGGCUCUCCUAUAAAGUGCAGAAAGCCACAGACAGGGCGCUGUUUGAAGUGGGCCUACACAAUGGAGAAAUAAGAACUGUCCGCCAAGUCACUGAUAAAGAUGGCGUCAAACAAAGACUGAGUGUUCUAGUGGAGGACAACGGGCAGCCCUCUCGUUCAGCUACAGUCAUUGUUAACGUGGCGGUGGCGGACAGCUUCCCUGAAGUGCUGUCAGAGUUCACUGACUUUAACAUGCACGACAAGGAGUACAAUGACAAGCUGACUUUUUACUUAGUCUUGGCUUUGGCUGUGGUCUCCUUCCUCUUCAUCACCUGCUUGCUGCUCAUCAUAUCAGUCAAAGUGUACAGGUGGAGACAGUCUCGCGUCCUGUACCACUCCAACCUCCCUGUCAUUCCAUAUUAUCCACCACGUUACUCAGACACUUUGGGGACAGGGACUCUCCAACACGUGUACAAUUACGAGGUGUGCAGGACCAGCGACUCCAGAAAAAGUGACUUGAAGUUGGACAGAGCUGCUAGUCACAACGUGCUGGUGAUGGACCCCAGUUCUACAGGAACCAUGCAGAAGAUACACAGUGAAAGGAACAUCCUGGAUGAACCUGACUCUCCUCUAGAGCAAAAGCCGCCCAACAACGACUGGCGCUUUAACCAGGGCCAGAGACCCGGACCCAGCGGUCCCCACAUGCCAUACGGUACACACAUACGAUGGACGCCAAAGAGUGGGACAAGGGCUGCCGGAGGACCCGAGGUUGCCAUGGGAACCGGCCCCUGGCCCCAACCCCCAACUGAAGCGGAACAGCUCCAAGCCCUGAUGGCCGCGGCAAACGUGGGCGAGGCCACCGGCACCCUGGGACCGGGCACCAUGGGCCUGACCACCCGCUACAGCCCCCAGUUCACCCUGCAGCACGUGCCCGACUACCGGCAGAACGUCUACAUCCCGGGCAGCACGGCCACCCUCACCUCCAACCCCCAGCAGCAGCAGCAGCAGCAGCAGCAGCAGGCCAUGGCCCAGCAGGCCGGCCAGCAGGCCCUGCCCCCGCCCCAGUCCGGCCAGCCCGAGCCCCCCAAGGCCGCCCAGACCCCGGCCUCCAAGAAGAAGUCCACCAAGAAGGAGAAGAAGUAGACGGAAGGCGGAGGAAUGCUUAAGGCCAACCCCCCCCAAACCCGGCCAUGAAAGUAUCUCAUCUCGCUGAGGUCCAGGUGGACCACAUGGACGGUUCUGAGGGUUCUUAGAGGAGCGGCAACACACUUGUAAUCAAUAGAUCUAGUUUGGCUGAGUAUGGGGGGGGGUUGUUGUGAUUAUUUGUUGCUUUGGCUCGGACAAGAAACCUCGCAAGUGAUGUAUCCUGAGAAAUGUUAGUCUGAUUUAUUGCGCCCCCCCCAACUGGGAAGUUGUAAGUACGCUUCGUUCGCCAUCUUAUUCCCGCCCAAGCAGGAUCCUCCAGUCCUUGGUGAUCAGUUUGUUCCUACCUUACAAACUCGUCUGCAUGCUCUUUAAAAAGGUUCAAACAUACUAGUUUAGAGUUGAACUAUGCAUUGCAAAAGAGGAAGACCCCCCAGCACCCCCCAAACCUUAACCCCCGGCGCCCCUUCGACACCCCCCCCCCCCCUUGCCAAAUCAAUAGAAUGCACAUGUAGCAUUUACCCUCCAAAAAAAUAAAUUCGUAACCAUGGUUUUGAGCAUGCGCCCACUUGAGAGCCAGACCCGAAGAAACGCACUGAUGUCGGGGUGUUUGCCACAUUUUUUUUCUAGCGGGGCGCGGACGGGGUGGGGUGGCGCCCGGCAGGGGGUUGGAACCCCAACCCUGGCUCCACCCUACUGAAUGUACAGAGCGACCACCACUCGUUUAAACCCCGCACUGACCCAGGUCGGGGGGGGUCACCCCACCGCCGUGUAAAUAAACCCCCCGAAUCCCGUCAACGGUGUGAGCCAGGGUUUUUUUUCUUUUUUUUUGUUUUUUUUGUGUGUCGUAGGGACCAGCCGUCCAGCCCCUUUCAAAAUAAAAGUCCCUCUCCACAAAGCGUGGCUCACUACUGGAAUGUGUUGCAUUUUUGUUUUGCAAGAAAAUGAAGGAGUUCAAAAACAAAAAAAACAGAUUUAAAAAAAAAAAAAAGUGUGUUUGUGUUGCAAUGUAGUAACUAAGCGCCAUGGAAGCCAACUAACUCGUCAAACUGUAAAUAAAAAAAAUUUAAAAAAAGAUAACUUUAGAUAAGGUGACACAUGUAGACUAGCUAACUCGUGGUUUGUGUUGCGCAUAUUUUUGUGUUCAUUUUCUCUCUCUCUAUCUUUUAUCACCCUCUGAAGAAAGAAACAUAAAAAAAAAAAAAAGAUUUCUAUCCUUCCGUAACCUCUUAAUGUUCUUUUUUGCGGUGGUUUGAUCUCGUGCUUUUGUGAACCAACGCCUUUCAUUCUCUCUCUGUCCAUAUGAACAAAUGACUAUAAAUAUUAUAUAUGUGUGUCCGUCCGCUGCUGAACUAUUAAUAUUCUAUCCUGCUGUAUUAUCUUUCUUAUCAAAUGCUUAACCCCCCCCCCCACGCUUUAUCCCUGUGUUACUAUUAUUUUCAUGCUAAUAUUUAUAUUGCUGUUUUAUUUUCUCUUGAACACUGACAUUUCAAAUAAAAAGAUUCUGAAUUUAA